UUUUGUAAACCGCCUUUGUACUGGGUAUAUAUACCCCUAAUCUUCAAUCAAUGAGAAAACUGUUCAUUCCAUCGUCUCUCUCGUUUCUCUCUAAACAUCUCUAAGCACCCACUGCAGAAUAACAUUUUCCCUAAGUUAGAGGAUGUCGUGGCAAAAAAUCAGGGUGCUAUAUUUAUCUGACCUGAAUGCAGCAUGAUAUCUAGCAGCUCGAGAGUUUCAGAAAAGGGAAGAGAAAGCAGUUCGCAUGCAAUAAUUCCCCCCGCAAAAUGCUCUCUUCCACACACGCGAGCACUGCAAUCUCCCAUGUUCCCCUGUUCAUGGUCAAAUCAAUCAAACCAGAGUCAAUUAAUCUUCUUCCUGCUGUUCUUCGUCGAUGGAAUCCAAAAUAAAAUAAAGUGGUUUUGUUAGCUGGCACGCAGCGCGCCGUGUGGGUGUGGGUGUAAUCCAAGAGGAAUCGUUGGAAGAAGAGGAUCGAUCCUGGAUUGGAUUGGAUUGGAUUGGAUUCAAGAAGAGCAGCGGGAGGCCGCGCGCCAUGGAUUGCUCGAUGACGAGCAGCGUGCUGUCGGCCAACUACAACACGGUGCUGUUCGAGUUCGGCGUCAUCCUCGUCACCAGCAAGAUCUUGUACGCCCUCCUCCGCAACGCCUACCAGCCCCGCGUCUUCUCCGACCUCCUCGUACGCCUCCUCCACGAUCGCCAUUAAUUAAUUCCGUUUCUUAAUUUCUCUCUCUGUCUCUCUCUGUUGGCGAUCGCCAUUGACGUUCCUUCCCUGUCGUCAAUGGCGAUCGAUAUAUGGCAGCUGGGCAUCAUCCUCGCGCAGUUCCGCGUCCUCUCCAUCACCAACGCCAUCAGCCUGGUGUUCGGCAAGAUCGGCGGCUUCAUCUUCGCGCCCUACCUCUUCGCGCUCGGCGUCGAGAUGGACCCCUUCUCGCUCCUCGACAGCCCCGCCGCCGACGCCGUCGUCGCCUACGCCGGCAUCGCCUCCACCUGCGUCCUCGUCACGCUCUGCCACGGCGCCAUCACCUCCACCGCUCGUACCCACACGGGCAUCGUCCACGAGCGCUCCCUCCGCGCCUUCCUCGGCCUCGCCGCCGCGCUCGCCAACACCGCCUCCCCCGUCCUCACCCGCCUCGCCACCGACCUCAAGAUCGCCAAGACCAACGUCGGCCGCCUCGCCGUCGGCGCCGGCAUCACCUCCGACAUGCUCACCACCCUGCUCAUCGCGCUCGGCACCAUGGUCUGGCGCGACAGCGACGCCGACGCCGACGCCGCGCCCUUCGCGCAGCCCGCGCUCACGGCGUCCGUCCUGGCGGUCGUCGUCAUGUCCGCCUUCAUGUCCCGGGCCAUGGCCGAGUGGGUGGACGGCCGCAACCCCGAGGGCCGGCGCAUGCGCGGCUUCGACCUUUCCCUCGUCGCGCUCGUGGCCGCCACGCUCUGCUGGUUCAUCUCCGUGCUCCGCCUCGACAUCAACAUGGCCGCCUUCCUCGUCGGCCUCGCCUUCCCCAGCGACGGCCGGGUGUCGCGGCUGCUCGUCAGCAAGAUCAACUUCGUGCUCUCCUCCUUCGUGCUGCCGCUCUACGUCGCCCACGUCUGCCUCUCGCUCCGGCAGACCACCGACGACAUCGAGGUCGCGGGCCUCAAGCCCGACGAGGGCCUCCGCGCCUACGUCAUGCAGCUGCCCUUCCCCUGGUGGAAGGUCUUCUUGGCCACCUCCAUGGGCACGCUGGGCAAGCUCGUCGGCUGCACCGGCGUCGGCCUGCUCCGGGGCCUCGGCUGGCUCGAGGCGCUCGCGCUCGGCAUGCUGCUCAACGUCAAGGGCUACUUCCACAUCUACUGCGCGCUCGCCGCCUUCGAGGCCGGCAUCAUCACCGACAAGUCCUUCAUGGCCAUCAUCUUCGUGGUGGCGCUCAACGUCGCCGUCACGCCCAUGGUGGGGAUCGGGAUCGCGUCCUGGGCGCGCCGGAGCGUGCAGUGGCGCCUCAUGGGCCUCCAGCACCACGACCCGUCCACCGAGCUGCGCCUCGUCGCCGGCCUCCGCGGCCCGCAGGAAGUGCCCGCCCUCGCCUUCCUCAUGGAGUCGCUCCGGUGGGGCGCCGGCAACGGCGAGAUCGCGUGCUACGCCGUGGACAUGGUGCAGCUGACGGACCAGACGGCGUCUUCGAUCGUGAAAAGCGGUGGGUUGGACGGCGUGACAGUGGUGGACGAGGAGGUGUCGGAGAUGCGGAAGCUGAUCGGCGAGGCGCUAGACGCGUACCAGGCGGAGUGCGGCGGCGAGGGCGGCAAGGUGAAGGUGCGCCGGCUGCUGGCGCUGUCGUCGUUCCCGGACAUGCACAGUGACCUGUGCAUCUGCGCCGAGGACGCCAUGGCAGCGCUCAUCCUGGUGCCGUUCCACAAGGCACAGUGCCUGGACGGCACCAUGGACGGCGGCCACUUCGGGUUCCGGCUGGUGAACCAGAAGGUGCUACAGCUAGCGCCAUGCUCGGUGGGGAUCAUCGUGGACCGCGGCCUCGGCAAGCAGCAGCGUCCAGAUAGCACGGCGCAGGCUUCCGUGGCGGUGCUCUUCAUCGGCGGCGCGGACGACCGGGAGGCGCUGACGCUGGCGUCCUUCAUGUGCAAGCAGCAGGCCUCGGUGCGGCUGACGGCGCUACGGGUGGUGCAGAACGCGACGGCGCAGGCGCGGGCCAAGGCGCGGACGAGCCUCUUCGAGUCCAAGAGCAAGCGGCACAUGCCUCUAGCGGGGACUACGACGGGGCAGGAGGAGCUGCAGGCGCAGGCGGACGACAAGUUCUUCGCCGAGUUCUACCGGAAGCACGUCGCCGGCAACAAGUCCGUCGGCUACCUCGAGAAGCACGUGGCGGACGGGGCGGAGCUGGUGGCGGUGCUGCGGGGGAUGCAGGGGGACUACCGGCUUUUCGUGGUGGGGAAGGGAAGGGACCGCAACUCGGUGCUCACCGAGGGGUUGGAGGAGUGGGCAGAGUGCCUGGAGCUCGGGCCCGUCGGCGACAUCCUAGCCUCGUCGGACUUCUCCACCACCGCCUCCGUGCUCAUCGUGCAGCAGUACGACGCCAAGAAGCACUACAAGGUGAUCGAUGAGGAGUUCAUGCCCUUGUAAUGCAAGCCAUUCCCUUGUUUCAAUUCGUUAUUCCUCCGUAGCCAUUUAGUAUGUAACAAAAAUUUUAUGAAGCAGUUGAUCUGGACAUACUGUUGUAUAGUAAGUGUACGUUUUACUGUGGAUAGCCUUUUAUUCUUCAAAACGACCAAAAUAAUUUUUUUUCCCUUGUUAAUUAUGUCCGAAGCCUACUAUCUCUUUUGAGGGACCAAAGUCAUCGUCAAUCUCCUGUUGGUUAAUUAUGUUACGUCAUGACUAUUAAUGAGAGCCAGGGUCAGGCGCUAUCA